AGGCUGUUUUCCCACUUUUGAGGGUGCUUUUAAUAAUGUCUCAAGUCUUAAAGGUGGUUCCCUUUACUUCCAUUCCUGAUGCCACCUUUUGGCACGAACUUACAAGGAAAACACUAAAUAUUUAUAAAUUGGACGAUACUCCAACUCCUCUAUGGGGUUAUUUCUAUAGUGGAAAAGCACUUCUCUAUUCUCCACGAUUUCAUCUUGAUAGCCACUCCUUUGACGAGAUUCCUGAAACUGUGGGAACAGUCGUGCGGGGGACACUGUUUAAUUAUAGUCGACUUGAAGAUUUUAAAAAAAGUGAUAAGUCAGCCAUUCUUAACUCUAUUUGUGACGAGAUAUGGGCAGAUAUUUCUUCUGAAAAUGUUUUUGAGGAUCCUUCCCUUGUUAAUCGUUUUUUCCUGCUUUGUUAUGCUAAUAUUAAAAAAUAUAAGUAUUAUUAUUGGUUUUGCUUUCCUGCACUAAUUUUAAGUGAAGAUUCUAUAGUAUACCAGCACAUUAUGCCUAUCACUGAGUAUCUUCCUGCUCCUAAUUUAAAGACUCUGAUAGAUAGUUUUUCUGCGUUGCAUUAUAAGCAAAGGACCUUUUUUGUAAUUGAUCUUAUCACUGGCACUGCCCAUCCCCUCCACGGCUGGCAAGAUUUAGUGCGUGAGGAAAAGCUUGUCGUUGGGUACUGCGACCCAUGUGGCAACCCGCAUGCACCAGGAUGGCCGAUCAGAAAUGUCGUCGCGACUAUACUAUGCCACUGUAGCCCUUACGUCCAAACGGUGGAUAUUGUGUGUUACCGCGAAGAAUGGAAGUCUGGAGUUUGUAUGGUUGAACACGGCAUAGUUGUUUGUGGCCUGAAAGUUUUUUCUUUAGUUGAUAUAAACAGACCGUUAAAAAUAGUGGGCUGGGAGAGGAAUGUGAAAAAUAAACUUGCUUGGCGAGUUUUAGAUUUGAGUUCUACCCUAGAUCCUAAGAAGAUCGCUGAAACUGCUUGCUUUAUAAAUUUGAGUUUAAUGAAGUGGCGACUCUUACCGUCUCUUGAUAUUGAUAAACUUUUCGCCGUAAAAUGUCUAAUCAUAGGCGCGGGUACACUAGGUUGUAAUGUGAGCCGCUGUCUACUCGCGUGGGGGAUCACUCACGUGACCUUUGUUGAUAACGGGAAAGUUUCCCUAAGUAACCCCACACGCCAAACUCUUUUUGAUUUCAAAGAUAGUAUGCAGGGCGGCAAGUGUAAAGCUUAUGCGGCGGCGGAAGCGCUUAAACGCAUCUAUCCCAACUGUCAAAGCCGGGGCUACGAAAUAACUGUCCCUAUGCCGGGCCAUGCCAUCGCCAUUGAUGAGGUAGACUCGACUUUGAAGGAUUUUAAACUGCUAGAAGAACUUGUUAUAGAGCACGAUGCUAUAUUCUUGCUAACUGACAGUCGUGAAAGCAGGUGGUUGCCCACUGUCCUUUGCCAGGCUCAUGAUAAAAUUUGUAUGAAUGCCGCUUUGGGUUUCGAUUCUUUUGUGGUUAUGCGCCAUGGAAAUUACGACACUCCUAUUAAAAAACGCUUGAGUUGUUACUUUUGCUCGGAUGUUGUGGCUCCAGUGAAUUCCUUUGAAAGCAGAACAUUGGACCAGCAGUGCACAGUGACGAGGCCAGGUCUUUCCUUUAUAGCAAGUGCUUUAACGGUAGAAUUGUUUGUUUCUUUUAUACAGUAUCCAGAAAGCAAUGAAGUUGAGGAGACCCCUUUGGGAAUAGUCCCUCACCAAAUUCGAGGGUUUUUGUCCCUGUAUAAUUUAUUAAUAUCCCGCGGGGAAGCUUUUAGUAACUGCGUUGCAUGCUCUGAGAAGGUCCUUCAAGCCUUUAGGGAUAACAAGGAAGAGUUGUUAUUGAAGUGUUGUAACGACGCUCUUUACUUGGAGGAGAUUACCGAGUUGGCAUAUACAAAAGAAAAUAUUGAUCAAUUCUUCUUGGACUCUGAUCUUGAUGAUAAUAAAGAAGAUUAAUAUUUAAUUGUUUCAUCAUUUGGCAACUGUACAAA